AUGGAGCCGGGUCUUUUCAAGAAGACCACACUGCCUCUGGAUGAUGGGACACAAGUCAUUGUCCCUAAAUUCUGGGUCCCUCAUCCAGAUUGGUUUAAAAACGAGGUGUUGCUUUCCGCCUGCGAGAAAGGUCUGGAAAUGGUUCCUCCAGAAAAGACUCCGGCUAAGUCAACCGCUGAGAUCAGAAAGGAACAACUAGAGAAAAAGAAGGCCCAACCGGUGGCCAAAGACGAUGGGACGGAGAGCAAGAACGUACCGCGUUCCUUAAGGCAGAUGAUGAAGAGACCGGGAGAGGAACUCUCCCAGCCUGCUUCUCAGAGAAGGAGGGUUCCGGCUACCCUUGCUUCUGUCGGAAGACCGCCGGCUCCUGACAGGCCUACUUCAGCAGGCAAGAGUCUGCGAGAUCUGGGCUUGAACUCAGGGCCGGCUGAGGCCAGAACUGGGGAGCCUGAGGUUCCCUCUAGCCGGGUGCUAACUGUUGCAUCCGGCUCCAAUGCGGCUGGGGGUGGUGUCACCCCUCAGCCUGAAAACCAAGAUGCCUUUUUUCGUUGGCCGGAUCUGCAAAACUAUGCCAAGAGAAUCCUGAGGACUCUCACCCAGUCCGAAAAGGAGGCGGUACCGGGUAUCAACCAAGUCAACAUUGAAUGCAUCAACUCACUGCUGGCUGAGGUGAUGUUGAGGGUUGAUGGGAUGAAGGUCCCCUUGCGGAAGAAGCAAGAGGAGGUAAGGGAUGCCCAAAGAAGGGCAGCCGACCUUAUUGAUGUCACCCAAUAUAAAACGAUUAUGUAUGAACUCGAAACUAAACGUCGGGAGAUGAAACAGGGAAAGCUCAUCAAGGAGCUCACGGCUGCUGCUGAGGAGGCCAACAAGAAAGCAGCCGACUUUGAUACUCAGGUCAACAACCUCAAGGCUGAUGUCAAGGCCUUGGGGGAGGUUGACAAGGAGAACACCAAGCUGAAGGCUGAGGUCACCCGGUUGAAAAAUGAGCUGGCCCAGACCCAGACGGAGCACAAGGACCAGUUGGUAGCUGAACAAGACCGGCUGGUCACCAAGAACGAGCGCGACUGCGAGGAGCGCAUGAAGAUGACCUAG